GAAACCAAAUAAGUUCUGCCUUUAGCAUUCCUGUAGCCUAGAGACGGCAAUAAACACAAGGCAGCAAGGAAGGGUAUGAAUGUGAUGCCAUGAGGAGGGUUAUAUGACUAUGGGACAAACAAAUGUAUGCAACGGAGCAAGUGGAGCACAGAGACAGGGAAGCUUUAAGUUUGGAUGGAUUAUUUUAUAGUCAGCCUCAAUCUGCAGCGUGUGGGUCGCAUUGCCCAGACCGUGUCCUUUAUCUUCCAUUCAAUCUCUGGCCAGGAGUCAGGUUCUAAGCGGAGCUUGUGCAAGAGAUUAUCAUGUUUGGUCACUUUGUUUACCUGUGAGCCAUGUUUCUAGGGUAUGAGGUUGUGCUGUGGCCAGAGGGUAAAUCAGAGCUGGGGACAAGCUGCACUCAUUGGAUGAAGAUAUAACUAAAGCACUGAGCAAAAUGUCAAGAGAGAAUUCUGUACAGUUGCUUCCAUAUGGCGAUAGAGGACAAUCUUUCCUACCAGCCAUACACAUGAAUCGGGUGGAUGCACUAGAAGGCAGGUUAUCUAGCCAGGAGAAGACCACCAGCAUCUUGCUAGAUCAGGCCUUCAAGAUAAAAGACAAUGUUUCAUCUUCCAGGAUCCAUGGAAGCCAUUGGGAUACAGUAGCCCAAAAGCUGCUAGAAAAUCACAUGCAGACAAUUACCCAGAUAGUCAAACAGCUCAGUAAAUAUAUUGAGACCUUGGAGAAUCAGAUCCGAGACAGAGAUCAAGUGAGCACAGGAACAAGUUUUGCUGUUCAGGAUUUGGACAAGAGACACCUCUACGGCAUUGGUGAUCUACGAGGUCGAGUGGCCAGAUGUGAUGCCAGCAUUGCAAAACUCUCUGGGGAAUUGACCACUACCAAGCAUGAACUUCAGGUACAAGAGAAAGAGAUUCGCAGCAUAAACGUUUCCCUGGAAACACAUAAGAAGGAGGCAGAUUUUAAGAUAAUGCAACUAUUAGGAAAGAUGGAGGCUUCCAUUUCUGAGCAAAGCAACCGAGUAAAAUCCACACACGGGGUGCAACAUCAUGAGAUCCAGCUUCUAGAUUUCAAGCUUGGCGGGUUGCUAAAUGAUAUACAAGGACAAAUCCAAAAUCAUCGCAGAUGGACAGAAUCCCAGAUACAAAAAACAUCCCAAGAACAGGCUUACAACUUGGAGCAGCUCCUCAGUGCCAUUCAGCAGAAAAUGGAUGUAUCAGAGAAGAAGCUACAGGACAAUCUCCAUCACCUUACAAUAAAAGUGGACAAUACAACUGAGAUACAAAGGAUUGAGACUAAGCUGAGCAAACUGAAACAUGCCGAGGACAAAAUCAACACAAGAAUUGAUAAAAUUGAAGUGGAAAUCUGGGAUGAGUUGGAAAAUAUAAAGAGUGAAUACAGAGCAGGAUUUCAGUCGAUUCAAGAAUCUCUAAAUUCUCUUCAACAAAUACAAGAGACAAAGGUGACCCUGGAAACCAAGAAAGUCCAUAGAGACAUCAAGCAAUUACGACGCAAGAUUGUAGACUUAAAGGAUAUCUAAGAUGCCUCAAGGGAUACCAGCGGGCAACAAAGGCUACAGUGUCACUGCAGCUACUCUGAUACACCACUUUCACCAGCAACUGACCGGUUUUCCUGGAGAAGUCAUAAAAGGAAGAUAAUAUGUUAAGAAGGCGAUGGCAUGCAAUAAUAAUAAUAUCACUGAGUACCAAUGAUGGGCGAAUUUAUCCCGUUUUGGGACACAGCAAUAUCUGCAAUAAUGACUUAUAAUAUGUUUAUUAUGUGGUUUCUUAAUUAUCUGCUUUUUGCUGGGCAGCUACCAAGGUUGGAAUGUCAAUUUUUACCUGUAUAUGAAGGCUUAUUUGCCCUAGGAAGUUCAGAAUUCAAUAUGAACAGCAGAGGGGCCUGAAGCAUUAAAAAAAAAAAAUUAAAAUAAAAUUAAU